AUGUGGGCAAUUGCUUUAUUUGCUGUAUCUCUACUUGUACUUUACAUUUCACAUUGCGUUUACAGAUGGAGUAACCCCAAGUGCAAUGGCAUCCUCCCACCUGGUUCAAUGGGUUUACCACUUAUUGGAGAGAGCCUUCAAUACUUCACCCCAACAGCAUCAAAUGGCAUUCCACCUUUCAUCAAAAAGAGAAUGGAUAGAUAUGGAACAUUGUUCAAAACUAGUCUAGUUGGUAGACCUGUUGUGAUAUCAACUGAUCCUGAAAUCAACCAUUUCAUCUUCCAACAAGAAGGAAAAUUAUUCCAAAUAUGGUAUUUGGAUACUUUCACUGAGAUCUUUGGGGAACAAAGUCUGGCAGCUGCCCAUGGUUUUGUCCAUAAGUACCUUAGGAACAUGAUUUUGAGCAUAUUUGGUCCUCAAAACCUAAAAGAAAAACUGCUUCCUGAAGUGGAACAGACCACACUCAAGUAUCUAAAGUUAUGGUCAACCCAAGAAGGCACCAUAGAGUUGAAAGAUGCUAUUGCAACUAUGAUUUUUAAUUUUACUGCUAAGAAGCUAAUUAGUUAUGAUGAAGAGGUCUCCUCCAAAAAGGUUAUACACAGCUUUAUAGCUUUCAUAAAAGGUCUGAUUUCAUUUCCUUUGAAUGUUCCUGGUACAGCCUACUACAAAUGUCUACAGGGACAGAAGAAGGUUAUGAAAAUGCUGAAAGAGAUGUUAGAUGAGAGACUUGCAUCACCAGAGAAGCAACAUGGUGAUUUCUUUGAUGUUGUCAUUAAAGAGUUAAAGAAAGAAGGGACCAUCCUUAAUGAAAGGAUCGCUCUACAUUUACUUUUUGCCCUUCUAUUUGCUAGUUAUGAGACAGCAUCUGAGGUUUUAACAUUUGGUAUGAAGAUGCUUGAAGAACACCCUAAGGUCCUAGAAGAAUUAACGAAAGAACAUGAGGAGCUUAUAAGAAGCCGAAAAAAUAAAGACAAUGGAACCACAUGGAAAGAAUAUAAAUCUAUGAAAUUUACAUUCAUGGUCAUUAAUGAAAUGGUUAGGCUUGCAAAUAUUGUCCCAGGGAUUUUCAGAAAAGCAAUGGCUGAUAUAGAAAUAAAUGGAUACAUGAUUCCAGCAGGCUGGGCAGUUAUGGUAUGUCCUCCGGUUGUUCAUCUGAACUCGAAAAAGUAUGAUGAUCCCCUUGCCUUCAAUCCGUGGAGAUGGGAGCAUAUGGAAGCAAAUGCUGGGUCUAAGAAUUUCAUAGCUUUUGGUGGUGGUCCAAGAUUUUGUGCUGGAGCUGACUUUGCCAAGUUGCAGAUAGCCAUCUUUCUUCAUCACUUGGUCACAGGUUAUAGAUACAAAGAGUCUAAUAUAUCAUUUUAAAAUUUUAUUUUUUAGGUGGAAAACAAUCAAAGGAGGUGA